CCCCACUGAGGGGCUCCAGAGCCCAACAGUGGCCUUUUCUCCUGUCCAUUGGCAAGUUGCAUGUUGUGCAGAGGCACACCUGUGCUCUUGUCCCCAUCCCACUCACUCCUGCUCUCAUCCAUUUCCUCCUGCUAGAGCGCACGAGGCACAAGCUGCAUGGCAUCAG